GCUAUAGCGCUCCCAGGAACAUCGUUGGAUUGUGUAGACGGCACAGAGUAUUGUGCGAUAACCAGCACUUGUGAAACACGGUUAAGGUGUUUUCUGGUUAAAUACGAUUUAGCUGUUGACUGUAUAAAUCACAAACAUUUAAGGCGACAUCUUGGAAUUCGAAAAAAAGACUGGUUAAGGAUUUGUAGUGAUCUGCAAUUGUGGGCUAAACGAGUUUGUUCUCAACAAGAGACAAGCUGUGAUCACAACACCCGGUGUUUCUCUGCCGGGGAAACCUGCGACGGGAUUACGAAAUGUCUGGAUGGAACAGACGAAAAGGGCUGUAAAGUAUGCAGUUUGACAGAACGAAAAUGCGAUUUCGGGAGAAAUUGUUUUUCUGUGAUAGAAACUUGCGAUGGCGUUUCGAAGUGUGCAGAUGGUAUGGAUGAAGAAAACUGCGCUCAGAAAAACUGCAGUGCGUCUGUGCUGUGCAACUCUCCGGGAAACUGUACUGACAAGCACAUUAGACAAAACUGCUCAACUCUCAGCUUGGAUGACAUACAGCUGUCGUAUGCAGAACGUGCCGGUCUUCUCGGAGCUUUCACAUUUUGUCUGUUGGUUCUGGUGCUGAUUUGCGUAGCGUGUUGCUGUAAGUGCUGUUGCUGCUCAUGUUGUAUGGACCCUAAGCAUCCUAAACCGGUGUCAAGCCUUCAAUCCCAGUCCAGACCUGAAGAGGACAGCUCUGAGAUAUUACAACUACGGACCAGGGACGGAUACGUUGACCCAGUCGCAAUCUGCUCUGACCAUGUGGGUCGGCAGCUCCAGCCAUCGUCAGUGCUGUUACCCCUAGCCGAUUACAGGGGUGUCCCUCCCACAUCGCCCACAACACAUCUUCCGCCCGUCCGGUUUCAUGGGCCAUAUUUUGAUCCGGAACUGCCAACAUAUGAGUCUCUUUUCCCUGAUGGACAACACGUGACUGUUGAGAGGAAUAGCGCUGUAGAAAAGAAGUAAAACUGGCGUACCUGCUGACAGCUUUACUGCUACCACCAAUCAUACAACGGAUAAGUACAGGGCAGAAUUCUGAUAAAAUAACUAAAAUCAUUACAAAAUAAUUGUCACUCUAGAGCCCUGAUUAGAUUUCAACAUUGACGACCUCACUGUUCGAAAGCUUGUGGAUAAUUGUGGAUAACCCUUCUAUUUGACAUUCCCUCUAGAAGUGGGCUAAAAUCUCUUGCUGAACCUAGGAGGGAUGUUGGGUAGAGUUUCUGACGUGCUAACGUUGUGGGAUUUGGAUUUAUCUUUGGGGCUUGCAGUUGUCAGUGAGGUGGAAUAAAACUUUGUUAUGCAGUAGGGAGAUUCCCACAUGUUUGUGGACAUAUGAAAGGUAGUUAUAAUCAGUUUACUGUCGUGUUCCCUAUGAUAAAAGUUGUACUAUGUUUUUGGAUGACUUAUGAUGUAACUUAAGUGAUGACUUAUGAUAAAAAAAACAUUCCAUUGGGCUGUAGUUUUAUGUGAGAUCCAGGAUGCCUUGUCUUUCGGCGGAAUGGCCUAUUCUGUGCCCACACUUUUGAUGUUUUAGGGGUACAUUUUAAUGAGAUCAUUUUGUACCUGAUAUAGGGGUAUAAUAAAUGUUAAGUGACUUGUCUUGCUGAGGCACCUAAUACAAAUCAUGAUAGGUCUUUCUACACACUAAAGCCGGUGUGUAGAAACUAUAAUACUUUGUUACACGGGUAUAAUACUUUAUUAUCGGACCAUGCUAAGACACCAGGCAACAGGCACAAUAGGUCGUAUUUGACCAUUGUUUACUGAGAAGAAUAAUACCGCUUGAUCUGAAUAUUUUCUGAAAUAAAAUGUCUUGAAACAAACAGAAAUUUUAUAAGAAAAAUCGAUCAUUUUUUUCAAAAUCUGUUCCCCUUUUCAAAAAGAAAGGAUAAGUUCUCUCAAAGAUGGAUUUUUAAUUCAAAAUAGGUAAUUUUUUAUUCCAAAGUACUUAGCAUGGUUUAUGUCAAAACUGAUUAAUUUGUAUUCAAAGGGGGAACUUUCGUAAAAAAUGAUCGAUUUUUAAAUCUAGUUGUUUGUUUUCAAAAUUGUAUUCUACAUAUGUUUUUCAUUUGUAAUAAAUACGAAACAUCAUUGAAUGAUCUAAGCUACCGGUUACUGAAAUACUAUAAAAAGGUGUCUAAUACUUUGUUAUGGGGCCUUAGCAUAACCAAAAACUAAAGC